CUGAAUUGCAUUUUUGUUUUUUACCUUGACCAUGUGGUGUUUCUGAAACAAUCUGUUAGAAACUUUGACAUUUUGCACAAACAUAUAGUCAAUAUGAAACAAAACAAAACAAAACAAAAAAACAAACCAGAAUGGAUGAAGCACAUUGUCUACUUUUCUGUAACUUACUUCUGCCUGAUCAACGAGAGUAAAUCAAAAGCUGUGCAUGAGUUUUAGACUCCAAAUUAAAAGCAACAAGCUAAAGGAAAACAAUGAAUUGUGUUUUUUUUUUUUGUUUUUUUUUUUUUUUCAAACAGGACCACAUGGUGUGUCUGUAACAAAGCAGAACUGCUUUCUCCCUUGGCUGAUCAGGGGUAGGACAGCAGUCAAGCACAAAGGGCCAGCUGACGCCUUGGCUUUUCACUCAUCUCCAAAUCCCACUUCCUCUCUCACACAAUACCAAAAUACAUUCAUGAUAUGCUUGAACUGCCACCCUGCAGAAUGCACGCGCAGACACACACACACACACACACACACACACACACACGCACAUGAUGCGCCCCACCAAAUUUAUACUCACACAUGCCUGUGUGGAGUGCUUAAUGGAGGAGGAGAAAAGGAGGAUUUCCAUGUCAGUAUUGUUUGGUUGUGUAAUGAUUCAACUGUCCUUUUUUUUCUUUUUUCCCCAGGCUAAUGAGUACUCGCUCCCUGUCCUGAAUUCCAGCCUGGACGAAGUCAAGCCCAGUUUAUCCUCUAGCGCCAACCCAGACCUGGGCCCCAGUGUGUCGCAAAGCUACCCUGUAGGCCGGGAUAUGGCAAACACGACCUUACCCGGGUAUCCCCCUCACGUUCCCCCAACAGGCCAAGGCAGCUACCCGACCUCGACACUCGCUGGAAUGGUUCCUGGGAGUGAGUUUUCGGGGAACCCCUACAGUCAUCCGCAGUAUACGACCUACAACGAAGCCUGGCGAUUCAGCAAUCCAGCAUUACUAAGUUCCCCUUAUUAUUAUAGUGCCGCAUCGAGAGGCUCCGCCCCUCCCACUGCUGCCACUGCCUAUGACCGUCACUAGUUACCAUGGAAACCAAAUCAACCUGCAGGACCACGGCCUCAGCCUCCAUAUUGCCCAGGUGUGAAGAACACGGUCCAUUGGACACUGAGCAAAAAGCGCAUAAAACGUCCCCGACUAACAAAAAAUAAAAAGAAUAACAAAAACAGAAGAGAGAAUUCACGGAUUCAAGACAACCGCCAUCUUCUCUCAUUACAGCUUUUCUUUGGAUUUUUCUUUGGAACACAAUUAUGGAACAAGUGAAAGUUUGAACCCUUGGCUAAUUGCAAUGGUUUAAAAAAUAAAAAUAAAAACAGGACUCCAGACAAAAACAUCCUGAAUUUAUUUUCCCCACCUGUGGUGCCACUCUUUUAUCCAUAACAGAUCAAUACUGUACAUUCCUUUCCUCAAUGGGUCCCAGCAGGGAUACUGUCCACAGCUUGAAAUAUAUCAGCAGUCUUUUUUUUUCUCUCCCCCCCUGUUUUUACCAUUUGUCUCCCACUGGAAUCAAAUCGCAAUGCACAGAGAUCAAGGGAGAUGAGCAGCAACCCGCGCAGGCUGUGGCGGUUGUUUUUCCAGUCCAUCUGAGCAGGCACUGACCAAACAUCCAGCAUGAGUGGAAGAAAAAAUAAAAAUAAAAAAAUCAAUCGCUUUUGAUGCCGUGAGAAGAUUAGGACAUGUUUUCUGUGAGACACAAUCAAGAUGUAAAAAUGAAAAAUGAAAUAAACACCUGUUUGGAAAUAAUAGCGGGAGCCAUGUUAUUAUAGCACCGUGGCUCACUAUUUGCAAGGUUUCCAGUUAAAAUAUUUUUUUUUAUUUCUUUUUUUUUUUUUUUUUUAUAAUUUGUAAAGACUAAUUUGCAGACUGCUUGGCUAAUGUUUGACUUGUUCUCUAUUUGUCAGGAAGGUAAUCAGGCAAAACCUUUUGAGUGUUUUAUUUUUGUGUUAAGUUUGCACUAUUUUGGAGGUUUGCAACACUGGACUGUGGUUAUGCAGAAAAACUAAAUGUGCAUAUUUGUUUUAUGUAAAAAAAAAGAAAAAAGAAAAGAAAAACUGACUAAGUCUUCUGCGUCUCAGUCUCUAAAGGCACUUACAGUUUUUCAAAGCCCAUCGUCUCACUGACUUGAUGUGCACUAUACUACUUUAUGUUCUCACUUCUUAUGUUUAAGUUCAUUAAGUCUUUGGCAUUCAUCUGCAGAAGUAAGGAUAUAACAGCCAUUCCAAAUCUAAUUUGUCUGGAUUCACUCUGAUUGGAUGAUUCUGACAUCGAAAAGCAGGGUGACAAUUUCAACUAUAAAUGCCUUAAACAUGUGCCCUCCUAACUUUAACUCCCGCAUGUUUCAGGACAAGUACAUUUUAUUUUUUUUUUAUUUUUUUUUUUAUUUUUUUCAGCAAAGCUGGAAUCAUUUUUUUUUUCUUCAUCUGUCAAUUGAAUGUAUUUGCGUUUGCCAAAGACUUAGUUCUUUUUAAUGUUAAUUUACAGGCCACCGAUAUGCAUCAUGAGAGCAGUAUUAUUAUUAUUAGUAUUAUUAUUAUUAUUAUUAUUAUUAUUAUUAUUAUUAUUAUUAUUAUUAUUAUUAUUAUUAGAAAAGCCCACAAUGGUCACGAGGAAAAUUAUAUGUAUAAAUUCUAUGCAGUGCAAAGAUGGUCAUCAUAUGCAUAUUCAGCUGUAAACCUAAAGGUAGGUGGAGUUUAUUUAAUGUUAUGUUAUUUACAAUUUGUUCAUUUUGUAGAAGCAUUUUGUGUGUGCAUAUGCGAGUGUGUGCGUGUGUGGGGACGAGGGUAUGCGUGCGUGCGUGUGUGUAUGUGUGUGUGCGAUAUGAAGACACUUCUCUGUAUAUACAGUAAGGAAAAACUGUCUUUCAUGUUCAUGGGUAUUAUCACUUUCAUUAUGCCGGUAUCACUUGUACAAUAAUAAAAGUGUCUGAAAUCUUUUAUGC